GGCUGCAAAGGAAGCUGGGCGGCCGUGGCUGCCGUGUGCAGGCCGGACACCUCUUUGCUGACGAGUCUUCCCCUGGAGCUGGCGAAGGCGGGGCCGCAGCUGGAGCUGCCGCAGUUUCUGGGCCCGCGGCGGGGCAGGUGAGGGCAGCCAGGGGCGGAGCUACAUCCAGAUCUCAGUAUGCAUCAGAAAAAUGAAAAAACAGAAGAAAACUCUAUGGAGGAAAGGAAUCCGCAUAGCCUUUUCUGAGAAAUGGAAUACUGGGUUUGGAGGCUUUAAGAAGUUCUACUUCCACCAGCACUUGUGCAUUCUGAAAGCCAAGUUGGGAAGGCCAGUUACUUGGAGCAGGCAGUUGAGGCAUUUCCAGUGUAGAAAGAAGGCCCUUCAAAUCCAGAAAACGUGGAUCCAGGAUGAACCGUUUUUUGCUAAGACAAAGUCCAAUGUGGCUGCUGAAAAUGUUAAUACUUUGCCCUCUAAAGUGAAAAGAAAAGGCACUAAACACUUCAUUUCCUCCUCAAGGACACUUCUGAAACUCCAGGCAGAGAAGUUGCUGUCAUCAGCAGAGAACUCUGACCAUGAAUAUUGCGGAGAGAAAAGUCUCUUGAAGGCAGUUGCUGACUUACCAGCAAAUAGUGUUUUAGGUCAGGCCAUUGGUCACAGACCGAGGACAGAGCUGCAAGCUUCUGACUUUCCCAUGAAGUUCAAUGGGGAGAGCCAGAGUCCAGGUGAGAGCGGCACAAUUGUGGUCACCUUGAGCAACCAUAAGAGAAAGCGCUUUUGUUAUGGCUGCUACCAAGGGCUGGAGCACCACAGGAAUGGGGGACCCCUGACUCCAAAAAAGUUUCAACUUAACCAACAUAGAAGAAUAAAAGUAUCUCCUCUUAUGAUGUAUGAGAAAUGGUCCAUGAUUAGAUUUCGGUAUAGGAUUCUCAGAUCCCAGCACUUCAGAACAAAAAGCAAAGUUUGCAAGCUAAGAAAAGCCCAGCAAAGCUGGGUGCAGGUCACUGGGGACCAUCAAGAGACCUUUAGGGAGAACAGUGAGGGUGGCACUUGCAGCCCAUUCCCUUCCCCCGAACCUAAGGACCCUUGUCAGCAUCAACCGUACUUCCCAGAUAUGGACAGCAGUGCUGUGGUGAAGGGACAGAACUCUCAUGUGCCUGAGGGCUGCACUAAAGGAAGCCCUUUCUUGGGCAAGGAGCUUAGUUUAGAGGAAUCAUUCCCUGAUCACCAGAAUGGCAGUGCCGCAUACACCUGGGACCAGUCACCCUGUUCCUCUCCUAAGUGGGAGUGUGCAGAGCUGAUGCAUGACAUCCCUUUACCAGAACAUCAUUCUAGUAAUAUGUUUAUUUCGGAAACCGAAAGAGACGCUCUGACUCUGGGUCAGGAAAAUUGGACAAGUACUGUCAAUGAUGACAGGGUAAAACUGUCGGUGUCUGGGGCAGAGCAGUCUGUAAGUAGUGUAGAUGGGCUUGUGUCCGAAGAGACUGUUCAGAUAGAGAGCUCAUGCCAGAUGGAUGAGGAUGGAUCUCUCAAGCAGAACAUUCUUAGUUCUAAGUUGCUGGACCACCCUUACUGUAAAAGUCCCCUGGAGGCUCCUCUGACGUGCAGUGAACUCAAACUAGAAAAUCAAAUGGGAGGUGGGAAGAACAGUCAAAAAGCAUCUCCAGUGGAUGAUGAACAGCUGUCAAUCUGCCUUUCUGGAUUCCUAGAUGAGGUGAUGAAGAAGUAUGGCAGUUUGGUCCCACUCAGUGAGAAAGAUGUCCUUGGAAGAUUAAAAGAUGUCUUUAAUGAAGACUUUUCUAAUAGAAAACCAUUUAUCAAUAGGGAAAUAACAAACUAUCGGGCCAGACAUCAAAAAUGCAACUUCCGUAUCUUCUACAACAAGCACAUGCUGGACAUGGAUGACCUGGCGACGCUGGAUGGUCAGAAUUGGCUGAAUGACCAGGUCAUUAAUAUGUACGGUGAGCUGAUAAUGGAUGCAGUCCCAGACAAAGUUCACUUCUUCAACAGCUUUUUUCAUAGACAGCUGGUAACCAAAGGAUAUAAUGGAGUAAAAAGAUGGACUAAAAAGGUGGAUUUGUUUAAAAAGAGUCUUCUGUUGAUCCCUAUUCACCUGGAAGUCCACUGGUCUCUCAUUACUGUGACACUCUCUAAUCGAAUUAUUUCAUUUUAUGAUUCCCAAGGCAUUCAUUUUAAGUUUUGUGUAGAGAACAUAAGAAAGUAUUUGCUGACUGAAGCCAGAGAAAAAAAUAGACCUGAAUUUCUUCAGGGUUGGCAGACUGCUGUUACAAAGUGUAUUCCACAACAGAAAAAUGACAGUGACUGUGGAGUCUUUGUGCUCCAGUACUGCAAGUGCCUCGCCUUAGAGCAGCCUUUCCAGUUUUCCCAAGAAGACAUGCCCCGAGUACGGAAGAGGAUUUACAAGGAGCUGUGUGAGUGCCGGCUCAUGGACUGAAACUCAGCAAGGCUGGGAAGUCUGACCAAGUUGGAGCAGAUGGUUUGUUACUUGAAUCUCCAAACACUUAUUUGAAUUUUUACAGAUAUUUCAGAUCAGUGGUAUUGGGCCACUAUUGUUACCUCAAAUUUAUUUUUAGCCCUUACUCAUUUCUCUAGCGAUCAUGUACUAUUUUUUGAUGUUCAGUUCGGUUUCAUUUUUAAUUUUAUGGAUUCCACGUGUUCCCCGCCCCCCCCAUAUUUAAUAUUUAUUAUCCAAACGCAUGCAUAUAGACAGAGCAUGCAGUGCAGAGUAUUAAAAAAAAAAAAGCCUAGUAGAUUUGGUGCAGCUUUUGAAACUUAGUUAGAUGUGAACUGAAUACAGGUUUAAAUUUUAAUCCCAGAACCUAAAAAUGAGGAAUGUUUUUGAUACAACGUAACAGAAUAGUAGGUGUUCCCUGGGCAUAAAGGGUAGCUAGGAGUGGUUCUGACGAAGCCAGUCCUGUUUUACUUUUAUCAGCAGCACCUUUCACUGACUUCCCUCUCUUGAGUCUUUGAGCUGAGUUGUAUUCCUUUUGAAGGGUGAGAAGGAAGUGGCCAUAAACUGACUGGUGUGUUCUAUUUAUGGAGGCACGCUUUUUAGCACAGUGCCUGCUUUGGAAAGAGUCGAUUAAAGUACGAGAAAAAGACAACAAUCUUGAGGAUCAGUUAUCUUAGCACGUGAGAGAUUUCACUCUUGGUUUUAAAGAAUUGAUAAUAAAUGCCUAUAUCUUAUAAAGACUUUUGCUAGAAUGUUGAAUUCCUUGGAUUUUUACAUUUUUGACCCAUUAAAAAACUUAGUAUCUACUCAACAAGUGGUCAGAUGAGAAUUCAGCCUUCUUCUAAGAGUAAUUUCCAAGUUGACACUUACCUUGUGUUGUCUGUCUCCCGUAAGAAAUUAAGAUUUGCCAAAUACCUUUCUAAGACAAACAUUCAAAACUGAAGAUUGGCUUCAGGUCUUUUGAGGUGGGUGGGGAGAAAAUAGAGAAGACUUGAUUCCUCAGAAGUACAGUAAAAAAAAAUGUUACCAGUUUUUUUCCUCUUAUUUCUUUAGUGAUCUCAGCAACAUGUAGGGCUCCUCAUUUGGUCUCUGCUUGACCAACCCUGAGGCUCUAGCACAGGAGUUCUCUUUUUGUUUCUAUGAACCUCAUCUGGGGAAAGGCAGAAGUGGCCCUAUUCUUACACUUAGCUGCAUUAGGAUUAAAGUAAUGGAUCUUGCAUCUUUAACCUGGCCUUUUGUGAUAUUUGAAAGGAAAGGUAAUGAGAUGCAUGUUAAAUUACCCAAUUAUCUUUUCCAAACCGGGUCAGGAAAAACAACAUAUAUGUAUAUAAGAAACUCAGAAGCUUGUACAGAAAAAUACCAAGUAUAAACAGCAGAAGAUACUUGGAUUUAUGCCUAGUUAGGUGUUAAAAAUAAAAAGCUAAAAUGCAGUUUGACUUGGCUGUCAGGUAAGGCUGACUGCCAGCAGUUGAAGGUGGAGUCAGACAUGUUUACAUGCAGGGUUCCUGGCCCGACAUUCCAAGCACCAACAUCAGUGUUUACAUUAUAAACAGCCCCAGCACUUUCCUACGUCCCCCAGACUCAAACUCCUUAGUAUAAAACCAGGUCAGUAUUUCUUAAUUGUGCUUCAAGUCAUUAAAAAGACUGAGAUUAGAGGCACUUUAUGCUGCUACAAAUAGGGUUGUGUCAGCAUUAGGAAAGAUGAUUUAAAGUGGGGAGGAUGUUUUCUUGAGGCUUUCAGACAUAAGUAUUGAGAAUGAGAUUUUUCAAAUGUGUAUGUGUGAUACAUUUGGGGUUUUUUUGUUGUUUUUUUUGUAGCUAUACAAAGUAGUAACUAGGCUGUUGAUUCAAAACGUCUUCUUCUUUAGAGCUCCGUAUCUCACUGAAUCAGGCAUGCAGAAAAGACAAAAAUAACUGUUCUGGCAAGAAUCUUAAUGCCCAGAGAACUGGAAGUCAGCUGUCCAAGGCAUUUCUCUUUCACUUCCAGCUUUAUGGGACACCCUGAGGUGCAUUGUUCAGCGUGCUUUAGCCUACAUGUCAAAUGUUUUAAGUCUGGUUAAUGUUUCUCUAUAUUCAUGAAACUUGGUUUUAGCACACAUAGUCACUUUCCCCUGUCUUGUGAUUAGGUAUAAACCUCUAUUUAGCCCAAGUCCUCCAUUAGAAUGGCCUUUGUCCUAAUGUUUGCAAUAACUGUUUCCUUGCAACAGACAUUUUUAAAAUAUAGUCUGGGCUGUUGGUGGAAGAGACGGGCAUUGUUUUAUGGUCACUAGCUUGGCACUGAAUUGUUGCCCACAAGGUGGGGAGACAUUAUGCUUUUGGGAUUGAGUGCAGCCCUUGUACAAACUAAAAGCUACUUAUGAUGUGCCUUCAAGUUGCCCAGUAUUCUCCCCAUCAGCAAACUUAUCAGUCUGUAGUUGCUUCUUUCCUGUGUCUUUUUUUUCCCCCUUUUGUUAAAUUUAUAGCAAUGAAUGUAGAUUUAAUUCAACUUUUAGUAAGAUCUCUCAAGAACCAUAGAGAACCAACAUUCUCUUCUUAAGGGAAAAGAAGCACUUGCUACCAAUAAUUCCCAAAUCCCUUUUUUGGUUUUGCAUUGUAUUUUCUAUUUAUCAUUGAAUACGAGUAACACUGGUCAUCUUGAAUUCAUAGUUGGAACAAAACAGUAACAGACCUAACUGGGACACAGCCAGCACCAGCCCAAGUAGAGCUGCCCUUUUUCUUUACAAUUACGGUUCACUGCUUACCUAGGCUGAGAGAGAGAACUGGGAGCUCUGGGUGGAUCAGACCCUAAGGCAAGGAAGUGUAUUGAUAGUGUGAAUUAGAUAUAUUGACUACCUGCUCUGAUUAAUUACAUUAAGAAACUGAACUAAUCAGCAGUUGUAAUGCACAUACACUUUAUGUGUUGGGCUCUGUCUCCUGGCCUGUAGACAAUUAAGACCUGGGGAAUACCAUCAGAGAAGCGCUGAUGGUAUUUGGGUAUUACAAAAGCAGCCGUAGACAAGCUGUUCACUUAAGUGGUACCUUUUGGUCAGAAAAAGAAUUUAUUUAAAGAUUGUGAUCAUGUAAAAUUACUCAAACCUUCUAGCAAAAGUAUUUUUUUGAAAAAUAAACUAAAUGCCUUUAUAAA